AUGUGCAAUGUGAGUUUUCAGGGGAGGGGAAAGGGUUAGAAUCGGCUGAAUUAAUGAAAAAUAACAAACAAUUAAUUCCGGAAACUACAAAAACUACAAAUUUGAAAUUUUUGUUUCCAAAAAAUACAUGAAUGACAAGAAAUUAUUAAUUAUUUAUUUCAGACAGCUAGCCGAAAAAUAAACGGAGUUAAAAGAUGUCGCGCACAACUCGCCUACACCGAUUCUGAUCCUUCAAUUGAACACGACAUCGAAGACAUCAUUGGCCUCGCAGAUGAACUCGAUAAGAAUUCGAAAAUCUCACUAAAUCAGGUUAAAGUCGAAGGUUCGAGGCUUGCCAUCGAAUAUCGAUUAUCUGACUUGAAAGUUCGAAUGAAAUCAGCGAGUUUGAUGAUUAAAGGAGUUUUUGGGAUAUCAAAGCAACUUUUCCAAGCGUUGUUCAUUUAUUUCAUCUACACGAUUUUCCGCGAUGCGGUGAAAAUGAUUAGAAAAUAUCGGGAUGAUGUGGAUUUCAGUAAUUGUUAUAUCACAAAGUUUGUAAUUCUAAUCAGAGUCUUAUAAAUUUGCGAAUAAUUUUUUAUAGAGAAUUUUGGCUGAUCGAUAAACAUCGCGAAGAACUUGGCCAGACUCAUAUCUCCAGAAUUACCAAGCAAGAAAAAACGAAGCUAAAAAUAAUGGGAAUUUUCAAAUUUCCAACAGGAAUGGAAAGAAAAAGUGCAAUUCGUCCGUUUUUCAAAUGGUUUUGCUUGAUGAUUACGGUUGUUAUACUUGUUAUUAUUGAUCAUUUUUUGUAUUCGUUUUUGGAUUCAGUUAUUGAGAGUUCGGUUACUCAGGUGAGAAUUUUAAAGGAUUUUGGAGAAUGUAUCUGUUAGUCAAGUUAUGGAGCUUCAAAUUUUAUGAAAAUGCAUAAUUCUCUUAUUCUUGACAAAUUGAGUAAAUAUUGCCUUUUGGUAAAAAUUAGGAAUAUUCUACAUAUGUUUCAAAAUAUUUAUUUUUUUGUGCAAACCAGAUUCAAAUAAACGAACUAUUUCUCAAAAAUAUAUGUUCAGCUCAAAAUUCCUGGAUUUUUAGCCGUUCUUGAAAUUUCUAUAAAAACCCGGAUGAAAAAUUAUCGGGGUUCUAGUUUUUGUGCCUUAAAAUUCGGCAAGAGCUUCAGCUUCAUUCUGAACCUUACUAAUUUUACCCUCAAAAACGCCUCACAUCUACCUAAAAUAUGAUUUUUUUAAUCCAGGUCAAACAAAAAGGUGGUCCACCAAUGGGAAUAACUGUGACUGGUGAUGGAAUUGUUGCCGAAUUCAUGCGCACAAUGUCAGUUAUGAAUGAAACAUUGGAAAUUGAUCGAACACUUUCAAAUGAGCAUUGUUUGACGAAACCAACUCGACCAAAUGUUACCUUACUUGUUUGUUGGCUCAUUUUACCGCUCGUUUUUUCGUUUGUUUUUCAGGUAGGAGAUUUUUUAAUCGGGAAAAAAUAAUUUUCGAAAAUGACAUUUAAACAAUUUCAAACCAAUUUUCAUAAUUUUCGUCUUCUAUUAUUUUUUAAAUUUUCACUGUUUCAAAUAAUUUUCAAAUAAAAAAAAUUGGAUCUGUUUGUUUGUUCUUUUAUCGUAAAAUGUUUCACUUUUUCAAAACGUAAAUAUUCUAGUUUUCCCAAAGUUUUAUAAGGAAUUCCACCUAAGCAUGUGUAUAAGAAUAUAAAGCUAUCCCCCAAUAUUGGCCAAUGUUUCAUUUUUUUGCAGGUUAUAUUCUCAUUUGCAAUUCGCCGCCUAAUCAUCAAUUUCUUCUUUCCAUUCAUGUUUCCACGUCGAUCACGAACUCGCCUCGUCCAUUUUUACAACAAACUUUUGAUGAAUCGCGAGAAGAAUCGAAAAGAAGCCCGUGCUCGUGUUCGAUUUUUGACCGAUCGAAGAAAAGUGCAAACACAACAAUCUAAUAAUUUCCUGACAGCUGGAACUUUUCUACGAACUCAAAUUUUUGAGCGCAUUUUCAAGACCGGCAAAUGCUUUUUGUGCCAGGAGAAAUUGUAUGCGAGGAAGCUGAAAUACUGUGUGAAUAUAUCUUGUAUAUAUUCACAAUCGUCGUUUUGUAAUGAUUGUAUUGAGGAUAAUUUUGGAAAAUGUUAUGCUUGUAUGGUGACAAGAAAAGAAGUUACCGAUGAAAAAUCGAAACUUUUGGUGAGUUUUAUUGAAAGGGGGGUUGAAAAUUUGUUCCAGAAAAGUGAUUUUUAACCCAAAAAUUGUUAUAAAAAUUUAAAUGUUUCAAAACUUUAUACGAUAAAUUAGAAAAAAAUAUGAAAUAAAAAUAUAUUUCGCAUCUACGAAAAUUUGAAAAAUUUUCACUGUUUCAAAAAUUUUUUGGCUUAAGUUUUUGAAUUUCCUAAACUGCAAACACACCAUGAUUUCAGACACCCCAUAAACUUUUUCCAGCUAAAAUUUAAAUUAAGAUGUGAAUUUAUGUGAAAAAUUGAAAAAAAUUGAGUUAUCUAAAAUUUUUUCUCUCGAAAAUUUACUGUUUCAAGAAAUUCUUACUGUUUUAAAAAAUCUACGAAAUUUUUUCCGGGACGUUUUGUAUCCGUAAACUAUCAUUUUUUUCAGAAUUCUGAAAUGAUAUUGAUUUGUACAUGAUUAAUAAUUUGAUAUAUUUCCAGGCUCCAAGCGAAGCUGGAAAAGAAGACGAAUUUGUGGAUUAUCCAAAGUUUUUGACGCUAAUCAACAAAAUUGAUGAAAAUAUGCAAAUUGGAAAGAAAAACAAGAAGAAAAAUAAGAAGAAAACUAGUGUAAGUACUGAAAGCGGCACAACUACAACCAAGAAAGGAACAUCGAAAAAUAGUUCGAGCUUGGAAAAAGAGAUCUGA